GGAACUUUUGAUGAACGGACAUUUGUGAAAUGGUUAAACUUGGGCGCCGUCCUGCGUCGUGUUUACGUUAAAGAUGUCUACACAAUUAUAUUAUAACAAAACUUCAUAUUUUUCUUACUAAAUAAUUGGGGCCGUGCGAGAAAGACAGAUAGGGGGAGAGUGAGGAUGUUGAUCUAGUUCCCUGACUUGCUCCUCUAAAUAGUCUGUCCAAUGGAGGGAGAUGCCAAGGUUCCCCCAACCCCUUUCUGUAAUCCCCCUCACAGCGAAACUCCACCCCACCUUCUCCCUCUUUCCUCCAUCACCCCCAGCUGUGAAGAUGGCAAAAAUCCUGGUGACAGGAGGAGGAGUGGGCGCAUUCAGAAGACACCGAAGAAGCAGGAGCCCAAAGACACAGUGGCGGAGUCCAGACAAAAUACAUCCCCUGCCAAGAGGGAGAGCAGUGUGAUGCAACUGUCUCCGUCCCUGUCAGUAAAGCUAAUGAGAGUUGAUCCCCUCCGCAAACAACCGCUAAAAAAGAGCGGUUUGGAUCUCAAUGUUGCAUCAGAAUGUCAAAUGUCUAAGAACAAAGAUACAAAAGGCUCAAAUGACAAAGUGAUUCCAUCCUCUUCCACAUUAUCUUUAGAUGUAAAUACUACUGGCAAGACUGAACAUGAUUUCAACCAAUCAGGCAUGGAGGCGGAUGAAGAGGUUGGCUGUGGAAAGUCCCCUGCAAGCCCGAGCACUGUGAAGCGAUGGGUGAUUGGCCCUUUGUUUCAGUCAUUUAAAUCCAAGAUGGCCAGUUUCACACAGAUUGUCAUGAGUCCCGUCCGACUUUUCAAACCCAAUGGCUCCCCACCUGAACCAGAUGUAGACGUCUUCUCUGCCUCUCAUAGUUCUCACCAACAAGGACCUGGGUAUGAGCUAACCUCUGGCACAGUGCAACACUUUGAAGCUGGAAGAGUAGGAAAUGACCCUGCCUCUCGUAAACACUUAAAGUUCAGCAUGGAUCUAAAAACCCACGGCACUCCAGAAGAGGAUGAGUUUUCUCUUGAGGGGAAACCAAAUAUAAUGCCACCUGGAGAUGCGCAAAGGGACACCUGUAUGUCAAACAGCUCAGAAAAGGAGACUAAUAAUAAUGAUUCAUUACCUUGUAUGCAGCGUAGUCCUCUACUCAGAAGCAGUAUCGAGUGUUGUUCUGAAUCAACGGAGUCCCAGUUCAACUCAUGCUCUUCCACAUCCUUUCAACCCCCUGACCCCUCAAGUUCCUCAUGUGGGUCCAAGCUGUCUCUCAUUGUUCAAAUGAAGGAGCAGGUGGAUUUGACAGGAGCUCACCGGAGACCAUUGUGCCGAAAAUGUGUUUUUCUAAAUGAAUCUGCAUCACAGAGCAGUCCCUCUGCUGCAGUUAACCGCAUCUCUAGUUUGCCAGCUGAAGUAGGAAUCUGUGAGCCCAAGACUAAACGGCUUGCCACAAAAUCGUAUGUAGAGUACAAAAUCUGGGACUGUAUUGACAGUGAAACAUCUAGUCCAUUAUCAUCUUCUAUCUACAAUACCCCUUCUGAGAGUAUAUGCCAGGCAGAUGAUGACAGCAUAAAAGCUGUUGGUCUGCCUCAAGACCGAAACAUGUUGGUGUGUGGUUCCCAGUCACAUAUGUCUAUCCGGAAAAGUCCCAGAAAACCUGUAAACACAACACUGAACAACUGUGCCUCAGUCAGUCAGUGUCUUCAAAAGCAGAUAGGUGAGUGUGAAGGAAAGCAAGGCUAUAUGGCAGGCUCAGCAAAGGAAGUUAAGAGGAGAUGCAGAGCAACUCCUUUUACAACGAUCAAGAGAGAUGCAGAGAAAAAGAAAAGAGUGAAACUGAUGAAUAGAGAGCGAUGUGAAGAGGUUAGAAAAGAAGAAAGGGUAGCUGUUGAUUUAGAAAGUUACACAUUAACAUCGGUAGAGCACGCAAGUGAUGUAGAACUUGUCCAGCCGGGGGUUGGAUCAAAACCGUGUGCAACUUCUAAAUCUCAGUCUCUUAAAAGUAGGGUGCUGCUUCGGGUUAGCCAGAGUUCUACCGUAUACAUUGAAACCACUCAAAAACCCUCUGAAACACAUGUACCUCUGAUGGAGGUGAUGAAGGACAAAGGUAGAGGUCGAAGUGGGCGUAUUAAGAAAAAUACGUCUCUCACAGUAAUGGCCACUUCAAGUAAUGGGAGUGUGCUAGAGCACAGUAAUGACAGUUUGUGUGACAACAGCAUAGCAGCCAGCAAUAGUAGGGGUAUGACCAGUGCCUUGAGUUAUGGUGACACUGACUCUAGUUCAGCAUGUAAUAUGGAAAUGGUAACUACCAUGACAACUGCUUUGAUGAAAGAAAAUCAUGAACUGCCUGUCUUUGAUCAGCACUUGGAUAUCAAGGGGAAGUGGCCUCAAACGGCAUCCAAAAAUCAGCAAAAAUACAUCUGUAAGAAGAGGAAGAUUUCCCCAGUGGUUGACGUGGAGUCAUCUCAAAAUCAACAAAAGUGUCUGAAGUUGAAUGAGAUCACUUCAGAAGUGAGUCGUCCACUGAAACCACCGAAACAAAAUAAAUCCAAGAGGUCUCAUAAAUCACGCUCAACCCAACAGAUUGGCACGUCUUCAGGGCUGACUGGUGUUGGUGACGAUCACUUGCACUCUUUGAAGCCCAGCAAAGAUGACAAUGUCCAUGUAGCUUCUAGAUCUUCAGACGUUACACAACAGACAUUACAGACGACCGCAGUGGUGGCUGUCCACAAAGACGCAGGUUGGGGAGCAGAAAUGAGUGGGUCUGACUCUAGCAAGAGCCCAAAGAAGAGUCGGAAUGGAUCUAAUAAAAUGUCUGUCAGUGAUGUGUUACUGGUGGAUAAGAGGUUUGUGGAACCCCUUGGUGGACGUAAGAGAGUCAGCCGAGGUCCGUCCACAGAGGACAAUGCCGAGACAACUCAGUCCCUGCAACUUACUCAAAUAACAGUUGAAGAAAAAAAGGGAACUGUGCCUUGGCCUGUGCGAACUUAUCCCAAAUGUUCAAUCAAGCUGAACAAAAAUAUAGUGAAACAUUCUAUGGCUUUGCAAGGAAAUUAUGUGGCAAUGGACUCUGAUGUCGAAGUGUUUUCGACUGCCUCUGAACCAUCUAACCUUGGCCAGAACAAGACUAUUGACCAGGUGAUGGAGGAGGAGCAGGGGAAGGAGGAUGAGUGUUCUGAACUGCCUGUACCCUCUGAGAUGAGGCUCAGGGGGAGGGGGGGAAAAAGAAGCCAAAGAAAGCAGCGACUCAAUGUAGGAAGCACAGGCCUGUGA